AUGGUGUCGACAUCUGCAGUUGUGCCAUCUUGUCCUCGGACAGAAGGUGAGAUUUUGCCAAGGAGAUUCUUCUUGAAUGAACUGAAAAGAGCGACAUGGAACUUUCAUCCUGAUACUAUGGUGGGAGAAGGUGGUUUUGGUUCUGUUUUUAAGGGAUGGGUUGAUGACACAUCGACAGCUUCCAACCAUGGUAAUGGCAUGUUGAUUACUGUGAAGAGGAUUAACAAAGAAGGUCUCCUGGGUCACCAGCAAUGGUUGACAGAAAUUUACUACCUAGGAAGGCUGCGUCAUCCAAGUCUUGUGAAAUUGUUGGGUUAUUGCUUUGAGGAUAAUCAUCGGCUUCUGGUGUUUGAAUUUCUAUCUCGUGGCGGCUUGGAUAAUCAUCUCUUGGGAAGGGAUUCUUGCCUUCAACCACUUUCAUGGAUCCUGCGUAUGAAGAUUUCCCUUAUGGCUGCUAAUGUACUAGCAUUUCUUCACAAUGGUGAGGAAACAGUGAUCCAUCGGGACAUUACAAGUUCUAAUAUCUUGCUGGAUUCAAAUUACAAUGCCAAACUCGGCGACUUUGGUUUGGCAAAGGAUGGAACCGCAGGUGAUAAAAGCCAUGUCUCGGCAGCAGUGAUGGGGACACAUGUGCAUGCUGCUCCUGAGUAUGUUGCUACAGGUUUUUUAACUGCCAAAUGUGAUGUAUAUGGAUUUGGAGUUGUGAUGCUUGAAAUGCUGUGUGGAAGACGAAGUCUGGACCAAAGCCUGCCAACUGCACAACAGAAUUUAGUUGACUGGGCCAAACCUUACCUUUCCAGAAAACGAGGAAUUCUCAAAGUUUUUGAUCCCCUUUUAAAAGACCAGUACUCUGUGGCUGGAGCUGUUAAAGCUGCCAAUCUCGUAAAACAAUGCUUAUCAGAAGAACCUGAGUUGAGGCCAAACAUGAAUGAGGUGGUAAAAGCACUGGAGCAGCUUCAGGAAGCAGAAUACAUGAAGAAUCCGAGGAUCCCUCACAAUGAACCUCGCCAAAGUCAUCGGGCCAAUUCAAGCAAUCGCAGGAGAAGCACUAGUUGGAUCAGCUUCAUGUCAUCUACUUCCCCCAGCUGUAAAUAA